GCAGCAGCAGCAACGGGUCGAGCGCGGUCACUAUUCAAUGCCUACCAAGUUGUUUAUCGCAGGAAAAAUAAAAAACUAUUAGCCAAAGCGUCAUCGCUGUGUGGUCUCUGUUCGAUAUAGGUAAUAACUACCUACUUACUUGCUGCAAUGGUUGAUGUGAGCGCUAGACAAAACAAAGUCUAAAUUGGAAAACUGCAAACACAAAAAAAAAGGUCGAGUGUGCGGUAAACAAGCCUCCCCGGAAUCAAUUAAUAGUUUCAUUUUAGCAGCAUGAAAUUCGACUGAUGUGUGAUUAGUGUGGUGAAGUGGCGGAUAAACAAUAGCAAUAACGUAACGGAACGGGAAAUUGAGUUGGCCUCCGAUAAUUAUUGUUUGCGUCGAUUAUUCGCAGUUUGGUGCUUUGAUCCAAACGAUUAGUGCCAAGCGAUUAGUGUGUGCGGUAAUUUUCUGGUGUUUUUAAAAUUCUGUGACAAAUGCGAUCGAAAAAUCCUCUCCCCCUGCCGGCUUACGAUGCCGAUGCCGAUGCCGAUGGGGAGAUGGAACUCCGCGAUGAUCCUGAACGAACAGAUCGAGUUGGAAAUGACUCAACGCUGAACUGUGUCGAAGAAGACGAAGAUCUACGGCGUCGUCUUGGUCCUGGCCCUGGCAAAGGUGAAUCAAAAGUUGACAUUAAUGUGAGCCAGAUCAGCGGGAAAGAUCAGCAUCAUCAUCAGCAGCAGCAGCAGCAAGAGCAAGAGCAUCAUCAGCAGUCGUCGUCGGCCCAGAAGAUGACAUCCGGGAUGGAGUUUGGCCGCAGUCCAGACCAUCACUCAGAGCUGAACUCCCACUCGCCUCAGUUUGGCCAGAACCAUCCGCUGGGCGUCCUCGGGAACCUGACGGCGUUGAAUAUGAACGUGCAGAAUCUGUCCGGGCUAACGGCGGCGGCUGCAGCGGCCGGAUUGGGCAGCCUACAACAGCAGCAUGGUGACGUGCUGGAAAAAUUGAAGAUGCAAGUGCGCGACAUGAAGGUGGGACUCGGAAUGGGGGAUCAGAGUGAUUUCGCUGCGUUGCAUGCCAGUUUCAGUGCUAGUGCUAGUGCUUUGCAGCAACAGCAACAACAGCAGCAACUUCAAGCCGGAAAUGGCAGUGUUUUCGGAAGUGGCAGUAGUGGAGGUGGUAUCAGUGCUAUUGGUGAUCAUAGGGUUGUGGGACAAAACAGUGGCGGAGGUGGAGGAGGGGGAAGUGCGAACAGUAACGGGGGCAGCUAUUCGUUCACAUUGCCCAAUGCGCCGGUCAGCAAGGAUGGCACUCCCGGUUCGAAUUCGUCAACGUCCAGCGAGACGUCCAAUUCUUCUCAACAGAACAACGGCUGGAGCUUUGAAGAGCAGUUCAAACAAGUCAGACAGCUAUACGAAAUCAACGAUGAUCCCAAGCGGAAAGAGUUCCUCGAUGAUCUCUUCCUGUUUAUGCAGAAACGAGGAACUCCAAUCAACCGCCUACCGAUCAUGGCCAAAUCGGUGCUGGAUCUGUACGAGCUGUACAAUUUGGUGAUUGCCCGCGGCGGACUGGUCGAUGUGAUCAACAAGAAGCUCUGGCAGGAAAUCAUCAAGGGACUGCACCUUCCCUCGAGCAUCACCAGUGCGGCCUUUACGCUGAGGACACAGUACAUGAAGUAUCUCUAUCCGUACGAGUGCGAGAAGAAGAACCUGAGCUCCCCGGCCGAACUGCAGGCCGCGAUCGACGGGAAUCGACGCGAGGGUCGACGCUCCAGCUAUGGACAGUUUGAUUCGCCAACGGUUCAACGUUCGCCCAUUCCACAGGGCAUUCAGCAAAUGUCGCCCCUAUCGCUGGUUACCCACGUCAACCAGCAGCAGCACCACCGCCUCCUGGGGGCACCGAACGUGGGCCAGAUUCCGAACAUUCUGCCGGCGGAGUUCGAACAGCGCAUGCUCGACUACAUCAAACUGUUCCAGCCGAAGGAGAUGAAACGCGAACAGAGCCCGGAACAGCAGAUGACCCCGCGGGAUGCCCUGAAUGCGCUGGAAAUGUCCCGCGUCGCUCUGUGGAACAUGUACAACAACAACACCAGCCCGCCGAACUCGCUCAACACCAGCCCACCGGAGAUGCAAAGUCUCUUCCAUUACAGGGAAGCCCUGAAUCUGGCCGAAUCCCCACCGCAUCACAUGUCGAUCAAGCGCGAACGGGAACACGCGAUGGACUUCACUUCGGACCGCUCCUCGGCUCGUGACUAUCACAGUGGCAUUCCACCGGCAAAGCGCAGCAACAACAACUCGAUUGCGGCCGUCGCCGUCGCUGCUCAACUUCAACAACAACAACAACAGCAACAACAGCAGCAGCAACAGCAACAACUUCAGCAACAGCAACUGCACGGCCAUGUCCGUUCGUUGACCCCACAAAAGCUGAACAUAUCCUCGCACGAUGAAGAUGAUGCCCGAUCCGAUGGUACCCCGAUCAAUCUGCGCGGGGAAAACGGUCUCCGUCACCACGAGGAGGACAUCCCCGACGAGGAGGAAGAGGAAGAAGACGAAGACAUGUCCAUGACUGACGAGGCACAUCCGCUGGCAUUGAACAGAAUCACAGAGCAUGCUGCGGCACUGGCGGCCGCCCAAAGGGAACGCGAACAGGUCCAGGUGAACCAUUUGGCCAGUCUUAAUCUGAGCCUGUUGGAGCGGGAACGGGAACGCUGUGGCAGUGCGGACAAGUUGAAGCGCCAGCAGCAGUUGCAGUUGGAACAGCUUCAGAGGGAACAGUUGCUGCACCAUCAGCAGCAGGCACAGCAGUUGCAGCGGGAAAGGGAGCGAGAGUUGCAACGGGAACGGGAGCGGGAGCUCCAGAAACAACAGCUGCACUCGGAACAGAGCCGUCAAAAUGGAGACCGGUUGAGCGGGGCCGGAUUGGACAACGGAAGUAGCAACACCAGCACCAGCAGUGACCAUCAGAAUCGGUCGUCGGGGCCGACGCAGCAGGAGGCGUGCGGUUCCGGCGGAGGAGUGACGAACGGCAUUAUGGGCAUGCAGUUCAAGCUGAUCAGUCGAGGUGACGCCUCGAAGGGCGACCAGCAGCUGGUGGUCUCGAUGGAAUUCAAUGGCAUCCAGUACGAGGGUGUCCUGUUCGCAAACCCUUCGUCCUCGCCCAAGUCCUCAUCCUCGCAAACGAUGGCAGCCACAUCCACAUCAUUGGCCAGUAGUAGCAUCGCCGUCGCAGCAGUCCCAUCAUCCAACCAGCCAUCGUCGUCAUCGCUCCUGGUAACGGCUCCCACCGGUGGAAUGCCACUGACGACGACGUUGUCGUCAUCAUCUUCGUCGUCACCGGUCGGCAGCAGUAGCGGCCACAGUUCCACCUCGGCAGCUUCGCCAAUCGUAUCGCCGGCCAAGACGGGCACUUCCUCGAUAGGCGGCGACGAAACGAUGGCAACCGGAUCCUCAACGGUGGUCCUGCCGCCGGUCGUUGCCCCGAGGCCACUAGUUUCCUAGGCAUAUUAGUCUAUGCUGACUCUCUGUUUUUUUACUAAGUUUAAAACGCUUCCUUCCCGCCGGAAGGAAGCUACCAAAUCUCGCAAUCCAGAUAAUGUGUCUCUUAUUUUCGGGCUCUCGAAUGUUGCAUUUUUUUUUUUCGUUCAUAAAGUAGAAAAGGAAUCUAUUUUAAAAAAAUAAUUAGUAAAAUAAGACAACUAAAUUUUAGUGGCAUGAAAUGAGCGAAAGCGGAACAAAACUUCGAUCAGUGCACAUGUGCGCAUGGGAAAGCGCCCUGUUUGGUUGAAGCUGCCAGGUGGCAGCACGAAGCAAUCAGCAGUUGGGAAAUACACGGUCGUUCAGACUCGCUCAAAAUUGAAUCGAGUCAAUUAAAUUUCGGCAAAAGCUGGUUUACUCAAAAGUGAAUUGUAUUUUCCGGACUUUUCCAGGAGCAAAAUCGAUCGCAAAUGAGAACGACCCAAAUUACUCAUAAUCUCAAAAAGUGCAGGAACUCAGCGGUGAAAAAAAUUACUCAUCGCUUCGUUCCUGAACUUUUUGCGAUUUAUGAGUAAACUAAACUCAAAUUUGGGUUAUUCUAAUAUACUCCCAAACGGAGUAAAAUUUUCAUGGAUUUCGAGAAGUUUUACCAACCCAUUUCCGAGUAAAUCCAGUUUUGUCGAAAUUGAGUUGACUCGACUCCAUUCGGAGUUGGUCUGAUCGACCGUCAAAGGCGCUCGCGAUGCAAGAAAAGCUCUGCGCCGGAAAUCGAACCGGUUCGCACGCGGAAAACACUGAACGAAAGCAACACUUUUGAACCAAAAAUUAUUUUUAAUUUUUUUUAUUAUAAUAAAUUUUCAUUGACAGAAAAGGAAAAUGUUAGUCGGAAUUGUAAUGCCAGGAAAGUAAACAGCAAUCUAUCACUAUAUGCAGCGCAGUGUUUG